UUUCAAUUUCUUCGUUUAAUCGUUUUCGUAGCGUAUCGAUUUGGGAAGGAGAUCGUGUUUAGGGUGGCAAAGGGAGAGGGCACAAGUUUGCCUCCAACUUGGGAAGGAAAACUCAAGGAUCGGUUGCUGUGGCCUUCGCUGCUGUGAUUUCGUCAUCCAUGGCAGUGGCACUUCCCACGUAACAAGAAAUCGAAAGAAGUGUCGCGAAACUUGGAGUCCUGAAGCCCCAAAUACAAGAACGCGCAAUCUUUGAGCCGAUUGAAUGGGAAGCUCCGAGACUUCUACUGGAACUGCCCAUAAUUCUGCGACGGAGUCGGGCACCAGUAGUAGUACCCACUCUGAUAAUGAUGUCGCCCACAACUCUGAUUCCCCUCCCUUCGCCGAAACAGAGAAAGUCCUUGCCUCCCAUAAUGGUCGAAUCUAUGAAGCUAAGGUGAUAAGGAUUCAGUACAGGCAGAAUGAAUGGAGCUUCUUCGUUCAUUAUCUUGGUUGGAAGAAAAGUGCCUGUUUCUGCUACAGCUGGGAUGAAUGGGUCGGGCUGGAUCGUUUGAUGAAAUACACCGAGGAAAAUUUACAGAAAAAACUUGCACAUGAGAAGGAUGACAAUGACAAGAAUACAAAAGCAGCCCGUGCGUCACAACUCAAGUCCAAAAGUUCGAACGCAGCAAGAGGCAAGAAGCGAAAGAGUGAAUCUCUUGUUAAGGAAAAAGCUGCUGUACAUUCUGAAAAGUUAGUGAGCCUUCAGAUUCCCCCACCACUCAAGAAGCAAUUAGUCGAUGAUUGUGAAUUUAUUACCCAUCUGGGCAAGCUUGUCAAACUUCCUCGAACUCCAAAUGUGAAUGACAUUGUGAAGAAGUAUCUUGAUUACAGGUCGAAGAAAGAUGGAACGAUAGCUGAUUCAGUUGGAGAAAUUUUCAAGGGGUUGUGCUGUUACUUUGACAAAGCACUACCAGCAAUGCUCUUGUACAAGAACGAGCGUAAGCAGUACCAAGAAGCUUGCCCUGAUGAUAUCAUUCCUUCUACUGUAUAUGGUGCAGAACAUUUGUUACGUCUCUUUGUUAAGUUGCCCGAAUUAUUGUUCCAUGCCAAUAUUGAAAUGGAGACAAUGAUGCAACUGCAGGCAAAAUUGGUUGACUUUCUCAAGUUUCUACAGAAAAAUCAGAACUCUUUUUUUCUGUCGACUUACCAUGUCCCAGAAGACAUUGAGAACAGCACCAACAAACCAGACGACUAGCUUAGGAGCCUGUUUGUACAUACUGCUGGGCUGUUUCUGUGAUAGCAGAUAUUUCAGAAUCGACAUAUAUUUGUUCUGGAUCGUAUGAAUUCUUGGGAGCCGAUUGUCAGCGUCAGCGAUGUUGAGGCUGGGUGAGUGACAUUUCCAGAAGGAAUAUGACAGACCCUCAAUUUUGUAAAAUGCAUUGUAUUUCUGAAAUUUGCAGCGGGGUUAGUCUCCUGUGUUGCGUAACUUGAAUGCGCCUGAACCUGCUUGCAGAUCGCUAACUCUUUCGAUAACCUCCACAAUAGAACCACAACCAUAGCUUUGAGCGUA